AUGCAUUACACUGGUGGUAUUAUUGACAAUACUUAUUUGAGCUAUUCUCAUGUCCUAACAGUUUAUCCCUGUGACACUGCUAUGUCUCUUGGUGAUCAUGUGGAAUGCUGCAUAGAUAUAAAGCUUUAUCAAGGCUGCAUAAGAAUGGGAAAUUGUAGGGAAGAAGAGGAUGAGUUCGUUAUUCAGAAAAAUUUUUUUCUUGGCAUAGGCUUUGGAGGCAGUAAAGCUAAGUCUGAGAAAAUCACCGGCAAAUUGGAUACAACGAAUUUUGAAGGAAAACAAGAAGAAUGGAAUGCCCGGGUGAUUGCUGAGCAGCUUCGAAGUUUAGCUGAUAAUUUUGAAGUUAAAUUUCAGAAAGUUUACAAAGAUCAGGGAAAAAGUAGUGCUUUGCUUUUCUCCAGUUUCACGAAGUAUGUUAUCAACAUUCCUAUUGGACGAAUGGUCGGUAUUGUUUAA